UAAAUAUCUUAACAAAAACCUAGAUUUACAUGAUUUAUUUCAGAUAAUCAUUUUAUUCCCGUUAUUGGCCCAAGGGGGAUUAAUGAGAAGUUUGCAUGUGUAAAAAGGGGGAAGGAAUGCCUGAACAGCUUGUAGAUGAUGACGACUACGGAGACACGAUUAUGAGCUCGGAGACGGAGUUCGGUGUUGAUGAGACCAGGAUCAAUGCCGAUCCUCAACCCAUCACCGAGACACUCUCCAGUCCUUUUAAAAAGCCUAAGGUGACCAAACCGGCGUUUGAUUUUCCUCCUGCGUACCUGGGAGGAGCAGAUAAUCAGGCAGUUCUAGCAGCUCAUCCUUCAUCCUCAAAUAAUCCUCUAGUCUUCCUAGAUAUCAACCUCGGAGAUGACUUUGUUGGAAGAAUUAUUAUCGAACUGUUCGCUAAUGUUGUCCCGCGAACAGCUGAGAACUUCCGUCAGCUGUGCAUUGGGGUGGAGAAGGAGGGGAAGAAGAUCGGAUACAAGGGAACCAUCUUCCACAGGGUCAUUAAUAGGUUUAUGCUGCAAGGCGGAGAUUUCGAGAACUCUGAUGGAAGCGGGGGAGAGAGUAUUUACGGGAAACAAUUUGAGGAUGAAAACUUUCUUCUUAAACAUGAAGUUGCAGGACAGGUUUCAAUGGCGAACAGCGGUCCCAACACGAACGGAUCCCAGUUUUUCAUUUCCACUGUAUCCUGCCCUCAUCUUGAUGAUAAACAUGUUGUGUUCGGUAUCGUAAAGAAAGGGCUGGGAAUCCUUACUGAUAUUGAGGUUCUACCCGGAGACAGUCAGGACAAACCUCUAGUUCCUGUAACAAUUGUUAACUCCGGAGAAAUCAAACCAGACCAAGACCAAGGUAUCUGUGAAAAUGACGGUACACCUGACGUGUACCCGCAUCAUCCUGAGGACCUGGAGCUAGAUUGGUAUCUUCAAUCCAACUUCUCCACCAUCCUCAAUAUACUCAAGGAUAUCAAGGAGUCUGGCAAUAUUUACUACCGAAAGGGUGACCAUGUAGCAGCAACUAGGAAGUAUAAAA